CCACAAGCCACCUAAGCAUAAAAGGCAACGGGAUACAAUGAGCAAGUCAAGCGGAUACUCACAGGGACAGGACUGGGAAUCGGCCGGCUGGGGAAGCCGUGCACCCCCUCGUGGCGCUGCUAAGCAGGCGGCUCUCAACAGUGCUCGUCGUACCGGCAACGUCGUCACUGAGACCAAACACAACGCCGGUACCAACAAGGGCGCGCACAGUGCUGCCAAUGUCAACAUGCGCAAGCUGGAGGAGGACACGGACAACUUUAAGCACGACGCCGUGGACCGCAGUUUGUCUCAGGCGCUGAUGAAGGCUCGAAUGGCCAAGAAGAUGAACCAGAAGCAGCUGGGCACACUUAUCAAUGAGAAGCCGCAGGUCAUCGCAGAAUACGAGUCAGGUCGUGCCAUCCCUAACGGCCAGAUCAUCUCCAAGCUGAACCGUGCGCUGGGUGUGCAGCUCCCGCGUGGACCCCAGAAGAAAAAGGCUGCGGCCAACUAAUUGAACCAUUUGGUAUUGAUGCGGUUGGUUGGCGAAUAUCUAGCUAGGCAGCGAGACGAGCAGACUUCAGCGUCCUGUGUCUCCAGUAGCUCGAGUCCAUUAGAGAAUCAGGCUGCCAAGGCUUCGUGUUUUUGUAGAUUGAUCAACAACAAAAAAUUGAAUGCCCCUGGAAUGCUGUAAAAUGACGACUGAAAGCGUCACUUACUGUAAUGAAACUCGUGUUCAUAUCUGCC